AUAAAGUGAAAUUUUAUCCGAACCCAAAACCAGAUACAACGACUAAGACUGGUGUGAUUGAAGGAAUUUUAGCAAAUGGAAAUUAUUCAAUCAAACCGGAUGGCGAAACCGGCACGAAAG